AAAAAUUGGACAUUAAAACCUUGCUAGAUAUAAUGGUCGCGUCUGAUGAACUUGUACUUCAAGACCUCAUUGACCAAAUUCAAAACCAUUUCAUCUGCCUUCCUACCGAUCUCCUAAUACCAUAUUUAAUACCUCUGAUAACAACAUGCUAUAAUUAUCCUUCAUUUGAAAAACUAUUACAUAACAUUAUCAAGACACUUUACCAUGACCCUUCAUUAUUACUUAGACAAACCAAUUUGUCUUUAUUACAACAGCCUGUACUCAUAUGGAUCCUUGAAGAAAUACAUUAUCUUUUAGACGAUGAGGACAUUUGGGGUUGUAUAAUUAACUGGGGGAUCGGACAGCAUUCAAGUUUAAUGAACACUAAUGUGACUGACUGGUCAAAACUUGAAUUUAGUAUAUUAAAUGAAACAAUUUAUCCUCUCCUUAAAUUUAUUAGAUUUUCUCAUAUUCCUAGAAAUUACUUUAUUGAAAAUAUAAUACCUUAUUUGUUACAUUUUAAAGAAAUAGACAAUGAUACAAUUCGUUAUUAUCUAAACUCUACUAGCAUAGAAUCUCAACAAUCAUUCUUAAUCUCAUUACAUGAUUCUAUAUUAAUAAACCACACUCAUGCAUCUUUUAUGGCAGGUUGGAUAGAUAAAGGAAAAGCGAUUAUGUCAACUCCUAAACCUAAAAAAACCUCUAAUCGCUUUUUAUUCCCAUUUUUCAAACGUCGAAACAAUUCCAAAAUUAAUUCGACUUCUCCUUCAAAGAAAAUUCAUUACACAUUUGAUUUGCUUUUUCGAAUGACGCGUGAUGGUCCAUCUGCAUAUCAUGAUCGAUGUCUGAAACAAGUACCAACUUUAGUUAUAGCGAAAAUACGUUGUCCGUCCAAAACAAUUAUAGUGGGUGGAUAUAAUCCUGUAGGAUUUAAUUACUCUUACAACGUUGAUAUAUCAUCGCUUUCACAAACAUUCAUAUUUUCUUUUGGAAAUGGUGAAGGAUUAGAGAAACUCUCAAUGGUUAGAGUUCAGACUGAUUGGUCAAGAAUGGCCAUAAAGUUUUCUAGUGUUGGUCUUUGUUUUGGUUAUGAUGAUUUAACCAUUAAUUUUAAAGAAAGAAGUUGUGAAUUUAGUAAAUAUUUCUUGGAAUAUGAAACUUCUGAACUUGUGGAAUGUGAGGUUUUCCAGGUUUUGGAAUCGUAA